AUGUCUAGCCCAGCUAAGAAGCGCAAGAGAAACGCGCCGGAUACUACUUCGCCACAGAAGACGCGCAGCAUUGCAUCGUUUUUCCAAGGACAAGCGGCCAAACAGAAGAAGCAAGCGGUGCCAGAGCUAGGGCCAGAGUCAGAACAAGAGCCAGAGACCCAACCGGGGAUCGAUCAGUCCGAGUUGAGCUUGUCAGAUGAGGCUCUGGCUCGAAAGCUGCAGGCAGAAUGGGAUCAAGAAGAGCGAUUGUCAUCGGCAGACAAGAACGCUCAUGAUUCCACUGCCGGAGAACCCUCGUCAACCCUCGAUGAUGUACCAGACGAGAAACUAGCAGAGGUGCCUACGGGGAAGGCUCUAGUGCAAUUGCAGAAGAAUACGCUAUCCUUGCAAUCCUCUGCAGGUACAGAGGACACUGUCGCGUUAGCUGUUCCCUUCGACCAAAGUCCGCAGACCUUCAACGCGACCAAGUAUGCGGCCGAGCUCCGGUCGCAUUGGGCCGCAGACGGUGGCGAUGCAUCUUAUGCGCUGCUGACAAGGGCGUUUGUCCUCGCCAAUGCUACCACGAGCAGAAUCAAGAUUGUGGAUACGCUCGUGAACUUCCUAAGGGUCUUGAUCGAGGGAGAUCCAUCUAGUCUACUUCCCGCAGUCUGGCUCGCGACCAAUUCGAUCACGCCGCCGUAUGACGAGAAGGAGCUGGGCCUUGGAGGCUCAUCUAUCUCGAAAGCGCUCAAGAAGAUAUAUGGUCUUGACAGUCAAGGGCUCAAGACUCUUUAUAACAAACAUGGCGAUGCCGGCGAUGUCGCAUUCGAGGCCAAGAAACGGCAAUCUUUUACCUUGGCCAAACCGAAGCCUCUAAGAAUCAAAGGCGUCUAUCAAUCACUCCUGAAGAUUGCCAGCAGCAAAGGAUCGGGCAGUCAAGAGGCGAAGCAACGUAUUGUCGACAAACUCCUCCAAGACACGAGAGGCGCCGAAGAAAGUCGAUACAUUGUGAGGACCCUGGUCCAAAAUCUUCGCAUCGGCGCUGUAAAGACCACAAUGCUCAUUGCACUGGCCCGCGCGUUCCUAUAUUCCAAGCCAGAGGGGGCAGACUGGACGACUCGACCACGAGAAGAACUAGCCCGUUUGAAAAAGGAUGAGCUGGCUGAGAUAUACAGCAAUGCAGAAGAGCUUGUCAAGGCGUCAUAUGCCCGACACCCGGACUAUAACGAUCUUGUUCUGUGUCUUCUCGAGAUUGGCGUGAAUGAAGAACUACUAGUCAGAUGCGGCCUGGCUCUUCAUAUCCCCUUGAGACCCAUGCUGGGCAGUAUCACCCGGGAUUUGGCAGACAUGUUGACAAAGCUACAAGGAAGAGAUUUCAGCUGUGAAUACAAAUAUGAUGGACAACGUGCACAAGUACAUUGCGAUGCGAACGGCAAAGUUUCCAUCUUCUCCCGACAUCUGGAGCUCAUGACCGAGAAGUACCCGGAUCUGGUGGCUCUUGUCCCCGAGAUCCGCGGAGAGGGCGUGUCAAGCUUCAUUCUCGAAGGCGAAGUUGUUGCCGUAGACAGCGAGUCUGGAGAUCUCAAGACGUUCCAAACCCUCACGAACCGAGCCAAGAAGAACGUCGAUAUCGGAGCAAUCAAGGUCAACGUCUGCCUCUUCUCCUUCGAUCUCAUGUAUCUGAACGGCGAACCACUCUUGAAUCGCCCAUUCAGGGAACGUCGAGAACUUCUCCGGUCUCUCUUCGUCGAGAUUCCCAACCGGUUCACAUGGGUCAAGAAUCUAGACGCCACAUCUGCAGAUUCAGAGGCCGUCCUUGAAUUCUUCAAAGGCGCCACAGACGCCAAAUGCGAGGGCAUCAUGGUGAAAGUGCUAGACAACGCCAGCAGCUCGAACGGCGCAACAACAAUAACAACAACCACCGACCUCGAGUCAUCAGACGGUGCCCCGGCUACCGAAGGCGAUUCCGCAAAGCCACCGUCAGACACAAAAAACAACAACAGCAACAGCAACGAGGAGACCAAGCUACUCAAAGAAAAGCCGACCCGUCGCAAAGCCCUUCUAUCCACCUACGAACCCGACAAACGCCUCGAGUCCUGGCUCAAAGUCAAAAAGGACUACAGCACCUCCUCGGAAACUCUCGACCUGAUCCCCGUCGCCGCCUGGCACGGCAACGGCCGCAAAGCCAAAUGGUGGUCCCCGAUCCUCCUGGCCGUGCGCAACCCAGAAACCGGCACCCUGGAAGCCGUGACAAAGUGCAUGUCCGGCUUCACCGACAAAUUCUACCAGGCCAACAGGGACAAGUACGCACCGGGUAGUCCCAACCUCAUCUCCCGGCCGAGCUAUGUCGAGUAUCGCGGGACCCCCGAUGUGUGGUUUGAGCCACAGGAGGUCUGGGAGAUGGCGUUUGCCGACAUCACCGUCAGCCCGACGUAUACAGCCGCCAUUGGUCUAGUGAGUGAGGAUCGAGGGUUGAGCUUGCGCUUUCCACGAUUUCUCAAGGUUCGGGAGGAUAAAUCUAUUGACGAGGCGACCACGUCGGACUAUUUGGCUCUGUUGUGGCGUAAGCAGGGGGAGAGGAUUCAGGAACAAGGCCGGGGGACGGGUGACGGGGGACAAGAGCAGUCGGGGUGGCAGGAGGAGUGA